GAGCCUCGGGUACAUAAACAAGUCCAGACUGUACACCGACGGCAGCGACUGCGACACAAUUAAGAUAAAGCAGAGGCAUUUUAGGCUGAAAAAAAAAAAACUACUUUUCUGACAGCUAACAAGAUAAGCAGUCUGACAAAGCCAUACCAGAAAAUGAUCAGUAGAAUACUUGCACAGCUGGUGGGAAGAGAAGAGAAAGACCGUGAUAAUGCAGAAGAAACUGAUAACUGUGCGAACCUCCUCGAGUUUGAUGAAGGAGAAUGGGUUAUUAUAAAAAUACAUGAGAAUCUGUCACUUGGUUCCGCUGACACAAACAUUCUUGAGAACCUGUUGAUCGAGCACCCCAGCAUGUCUGUAUACCAGAUGAGGCCUGAUCAGGAAGACCUUGGCUCAGAUGGAGAAGCAGAGGACAAGGCUAGGCCUGUGCCAAUCAGACGUCACGUUUCUUGGCGGUUAGCUGCAUGGGGCAGCCCUUUGCCCUGCAGCACCAUUCUGCUCUCAGUGCAGCGUGCCAGAGCCUAUAAUGAGCUCAGAAAACUGAACCGUGGUGCCCUCAACAGGCAAAACCUCGCAAGAACACGCUACUCACCUUCAGAGCGCCGCUAUGGCUACUUCAAACAGCCCACUCAGCGCCUGUACAACUAUUGAGAAAAAUCAAUUGCAUCUGAAACCACUUAACAACCAGGCUUGUGAUAUAUGAAUAGUCGUUUUUAGCCAUUCGUUUUUAACCAUUCCCCUGUGAGACCAAUAUGGAUUAAGAAAAACGUUUUGUUAAAUGCAGUGUGGUAUUAUCUUAAGGAGAAAGUCUCUCUGAUAGUCUGACACUGAAAUAACUCUGAAAAGCAUGUGUUACAAAAUUGCAAGUGAGUUGCAUUUUAAUAGUCUAGGAUUUGAAAGUUUUUAAACAGUGUAAUGAUGUUUGUGUGCAUCUAUUUUAGCUUAGCUGUGACUGGUGCAUGAAUAUUAACUGAAAGAAAAACAAAACAUUCAGUUUUGAAGCCUACAAUAAAUUGAAGACUGUACUGUACAAAGCAAUGCAUUUUUCAAAUCAUUUUUUACAUAAUAUCUUAAUGAUUUUUGGCAUAAAAGAAAAAUCAAUAAU